AUGUUCUCCUUCCGAGGCGACAGCCAGUCGACCCAAGAGCCCACAACCACAACCACCACAGACUUGACUUCUACCGCCUCGACCACGAACACAACCACCGAGGCUACUCAAGCAACAGACUCUUCCCCAGUCGACAACAGACCCAGGUCCAAGACACAGCAUCUCCAAGAUAUCGAAAGCACCGAGCAGGACAUGACCUCUUCGUUGCAGAAGCAGCUGGACCAUGCCAGAGAGACGACAGCCAGUUUGAAAGAAGGUUCCGAUGCCUCAAAGUCAACAGGCAGUCAGGCAAUUGCGCAACAGUCAGGCGACCCCGAGAGUCUGAGCCGUGCCCUGGCCGAGGCGGUCGAGAAACAGAAGCAACAGGAGGCUGUCAUCAAGAAACUGCGACACGAGGUUGAUGUCGAACGAGGGCAUGCUACGAUUCUUCGUCAUGAUAACCAAGUCUUGCGACAGAUGAAGGCAAACAUGCUGCAAAAGGAAAAGAUUGAUAUGGAGAAUGCAUUGGAGCAGGAGCAAGAGUACAUUGUCAACAGACUGCAAAAGCAAUUGGAUGUCAUGCGGGCUGAACAGUCAGCCACCACAUCGACUGCAUCGAGCUGGCAGGACAAGGAUCAUAGCAUUGGAUCGAGUCUUCCUGUUGGAUCGUCGCCUAUCAACAUUGCAGGAGGAGGACGGUCAUCUCGGAUCAACGCUAAUCCGUCUCCCACGCCCUCGCCUACGCACAAAAAGUGGAUCCCCUCUCACUCGCCCUCUUCGUCGGAUCAUGGACCCUCGCAUCCUAUUAUUGACAUGUUGAAGGCAGAACUGACAGCAGCCAAGGCCACCCUCAACGAGCUGGAGCGUGAAUAUUUGAUCAAGUUCAAGCAGUGUAACCGAUACAGGUCCGAAGUGUUGACACUCCGCCAGGAACUCGGCUUGCCAGUUGGAUCUGACCUGCUCGUCGAAGAUACCCUCCCCACCGUCCUCUCUUCUACCCACCGCACCGGAGGCUCUCGGAGGAACUCGAGCACAAGCGUGUCAGGGUCGAACAGAGUAUCGUAUGGAGGAGUUCCAGCAACGCCGACCAACACACCAGCCAACCCAGCUCCUAUCAACCACCACAGCUUUUCGGGUCAACGUACUACCCUCUCACCUCACAACUCCAUCGCCAAUCCAUUUGCUCCUAGUGGUGGUUCUGGAUCAUUUGCCCAUUACUCGACUUCGCCCACACUCAGUGCUUUCCCUGGAGGGUUCAGCGGUAACGGUGGGGGUAACGGAGGAGCAGGUUUCUCGUCGUCUGCAGCAGCGGCAGCCAUUGCAGCAGCAGCAGGACAUCCACCAGCAUCAUCGCACCAUCACCAGCCUUAUUCUUCUGGAAACUCUGGAACUGCCUCGUUCUCGUCGUCUGUUGGAUCACUGGGCUCCACGUCGCCAAUGUUGUCGAUGGCUUCUUCGUUGUCGUCGUCGUCAGGCCUACCGGCCAUUGUCCCUGAGCGUCAGUCAUUGUAUCGGUCCAAGAGCAACAGCAGACAGCAUGUACAGUACCAACAGCAUUACCAGCCGCAUCAUCACCCUGGUUCGCUCCAGCAUCCUCCUCAUCAGCCUUCAUUGACAUUGCAGAAUGCGUCUCAGCAACAACAGCAGCAGGCAGCACCACCACAAGCCCAGGCACCAGCAGUGGCAGCAGCAGCCCUGCAGGGCGCGCCUCAGUGA